AACACGUGGCGAAAAAUGAAUGGAUGGAAGAAACAGAUCACUAUAUCCACAAGUUCAGUUCUGACUUGUGAAGAAGAUAAAGACUGUUCAAAAGGUAAAGAAAAUCUAUUGCAGAAAAACAUGAGCUCGUCCCCGUUAGCGUCAUCUCUCUUUCCAUCUCCUCUUUCGACCUUGUCGGCUCAUAAGCAUGGCCGGAGCCGGAACUUCUGUGUCAGUCGGAAGGAACAGUGUCUUCGUGUUCGAGCUACCAGGCUUCCGGAGGGGAUGAUAGUGCCAAAAGUACAGCCCAAGUCUCAACCAGCGUUUCUGGGAUUCACACAAACAGCUGAGAUAUGGAACUCUAGAGCUUGCAUGAUUGGUCUCAUUGGCACUUUCAUCGUCGAGUUGAUUCUGAACAAAGGAAUACUUGAGUUGAUCGGUGUAGAGAUUGGUAAAGGCCUUGAUCUUCCUCUGUAAUCUAAAAGCUUAAAAGCUUUAAUCACACAUCAUAAUGUAAAACUUGUUAUAUAUGUUAUCGUUUGGGAUUCUUCA